GCUGGUGUCGGUGGGGGAGUAGUGCCCCGGGGGUCAGGAAAUAGUGCCCCGUCAGUGGGGGGAGGAAUAAAUAGUGCCCCAUCGUUGGUGUCAGUGGGGGGAGGAAUAGUGCCCCAUCGUUGGUGUCAGUGGGGGGAGGAAUAGUGCCCCAUCGUUGGUGUCAGUGGGGGGAGGAAUAGUGCCCCAUCGUUGGUGUCAGUGGGGGGAGGAAUAGUGCCCCAUCGU